GUCAGGCUGUGGAUACUGAUCUGUGCUUGCCAAUACUUUUUCUCUUGUUAAUUUUCUGCUUGGAUAACUGGAAUGUACCAAAACCACACCAAAGACACCAACAACAACUACAAUAAACGGCUUCUCUGUGAUCACAAGGAAAAGCUUGUCCAGGCUAUUAAAAGAAUCAAGCACGAGGUAGAUGAGUGCAGAGAAGCAGAGAGAGAGACGUACAUAGAGUCAGUGGAAGUAGAGAGCAGUUUUGAUGUCCUGGAGCGAGAAAUCAGAGCCGAGUUUCAGAACCUCCAUCGCUUCCUGGAUGAGGAGGAGUUCAAGGACCUGGAGCGACUGAGGAGGGAGAGGCAGAAACAACUGAAGCAGCUGAAGGAAAGAGAGAAGAAGAUAGCAGAGCAAGGGAGAGACCUGGAGAGAGCCAUCACAGUGCUCAACGGCAAACUGGCUGAGGAGGACAGUCCUAAACUGCUCAAAGAAAUUCAGGAUCUCAUAAAAAGGUCUCAGGUCAGCUUUGUUCUCCCAGCGGAGGUGGACACUGAGGUGCGCUCUGGCCAGUUUGUGGGGCCCAUACAGUACAGGAUAUGGAAGCACAUGAAAAGCUGCCUUUACCCAAAUAUCACAUCAGUGACCUUUGACCCUGAGACAGCCCACCCUAACCUGUCCCUGUCCCAGUCUUGCACCUCAGUGUGGUUCGAGGAGGAUAAGGACACACAGGAUUGCCCGGCCAACCCACGACGGUUCCACUAUUAUUACUGCGUGUUGGGCCAUCACCGCUUCACCACGGGCCGACACUACUGGGAGGUGGAGGUGGGGUGUAAGACAGCGUGGAGGUUGGGCGUCGCACAAGAAGAUGUCCCAAGAGGGGAGAUGGCUGCUACCGGCACCUCCAGCGGCCUGUGGACCCUGGCCCUGAAGGGUGGGUCUGUCCUGGCCUGCACCGACCCAAAACCCACCAAGGUCAACGUAUCUGUCCGUCUUGUCCGCAUCGGUGUGUUCUUAGACUGUGAGAAAGAGGAGGUGUCUUUCUAUAAUGCUAUUACCAUGGCGCCAAUCUACACCUUCACUAUGGGGACUGUUAUGGUUCCUCUUUUCCCCUUCUAUAAUCCAUGUGAUACAGAUGAUGGGAGGAACACAGCACCACUUAAGAUCUUUAACCCUUCACUAUGAUAAGGGUCGGUUCUCACCAACACGCUGAUGGUCAAUACAUAUUUUCUAUUAGUAGAAUUAUUACUUUUAGAGCUGGAACGAUUAGUCAAAAAAAAAUCUGCUCAUUAACUGAAAGAGGAUUAAUUGUCAGCUACUUUAAUGAUCAAUUAAUGGUGCUUUUUCAAGCAAAAAUGCCGAACAUUUGCUGCUUCAAGCUUCUAUAGUUUGAGGAUUUGCUGCUUUUCUUUUAUGUGAAAUAAACUGAAAGUUUUUGGGGUUUGGAAGAAACAAGUUAUUUGAAGACGUCCCCUCUGAUUUUUGGAAAUUGUGAUGGACAUUUUUCACUAUUUUCUUGACAAAAUUAUUAAUUGACAGAUUUAUUGCUAAUGCAAAUAAUUGUUAGUUGCUGCCUUGACUGUAUAUAUGACUGACAACUGCUGCAAAACUGACAGA